UUUUUGAGCUUUGGACGAUAUUUUCUUCGGGGAAACCAACACUCUAUCUUUAAAACCCUAGAAACCCUUUUUCUUUUUGUCUUUAACCAGAAGAAUCUGCAGCAGGAGCGGCAUCAACAAUGGUGACAAUCCCAUUGGCGAACCUUAACGAGCUCACAAUGUCUUCGUCUUCUUCUUGUUCGUUUCUUCCGAAAUCUUCUCCCCAUUCGUUGUUUGGUAGUUCAAACUCUAGAAGCGUUAAGGUUGGUGGUGGCUUCUCAAGGCGAAGCGGUUCUCGGUCUGGUUCUCUGCGGCUGAGGUGUUCGUUCGCGCCGAUGGAAUCUGCCAGAAUUAAGGUGGUCGGUGUCGGCGGUGGCGGCAACAAUGCCGUCAAUCGCAUGAUUUCCAGCGGUUUGCAGGGGGUUGAUUUCUAUGCCAUAAACACGGAUUCUCAAGCUCUGUUGCAGUCUGCAGCAGAUAACCCUUUACAAAUCGGAGAGCUUUUGACUCGUGGACUUGGUACCGGUGGGAACCCGUUACUCGGGGAACAAGCUGCAGAGGAAUCAAAGGAUGCAAUUGCUAAUGCCCUUAAAGGAUCGGACCUUGUUUUCAUAACGGCUGGUAUGGGAGGUGGCACAGGUUCUGGUGCUGCCCCUGUGGUAGCCCAGAUUGCAAAGGAGUCUGGUUAUUUAACUGUCGGUGUUGUUACCUAUCCUUUCAGCUUCGAAGGCCGUAAAAGAUCAGUGCAGGCAUUGGAGGCGAUUGAAAAGCUGCAGAAGAAUGUAGACACGCUUAUUGUGAUUCCAAAUGAUCGUCUGCUAGAUAUUGCCGAUGAACAGACACCUCUUCAGGAUGCAUUCCUUCUUGCUGAUGAUGUUCUACGUCAAGGAGUACAAGGAAUUUCAGACAUCAUCACUAUACCUGGACUGGUGAAUGUUGAUUUUGCCGAUGUGAAGGCGGUUAUGAAAGAUUCCGGGACUGCAAUGCUUGGAGUAGGCGUUUCUUCCAGCAAGAACCGAGCCGAAGAAGCAGCUGAACAAGCAACUUUGGCUCCUCUGAUUGGGUCAUCCAUCCAAUCAGCCACCGGAGUCGUGUAUAACAUCACCGGAGGAAAGGAUAUAACCUUGCAGGAAGUCAACCGAGUAUCUCAGGUUGUGACAAGUUUGGCAGACCCAUCAGCCAAUAUCAUAUUCGGGGCUGUGGUGGAUGAUCGCUACACAGGAGAGCUUCAUGUAACGAUAAUAGCCACGGGUUUCUCUCAGUCUUUCCAGAAGACGCUCUUGACCGAUCCUCGAGCUGCUAAACUGCUCGGGUCUAGCGGCCAAGACAACAAAGGAGGUAUUGCCCUUUCCCAGAAGCCAUCUUCAUCUCCUGCCACUGUCAACAACAAAUCUCCUCCCCGUAGACUCUUCUUCUAAUUCUCUUCCUCAACUCUGUACUGAUUUGAUCUUCUUUUGGGCUCAAAAGCUUCUCUCAAGAGUUCUCUUUGUUUUGA